CUAUUUGCAAGUCGUCUUUCCUUUUGAGUGUCGGCCACAUGUUGAAUGAAUGAAUUAAUAUUCAUUAGUUUCUUCACUUCACGGUGGAUGGAUAUUCAGUUUUAGCGUCGAAGCAAAAGACGGCUCGUAAUCUUAUUUCUCUUCUGGAUCACUUUCCUUCAUUUCCAAUAAUUUCUUCCAUUUCAAAGCAGAAAACAUGGCUGAUGUUGCAGGCAUAUUUCUCUCCCCACUCCUCCAAGUGUUUUUUGAAAGGGUGGCAUCUCGUGAAUUUGUUAACUUUUUUCGAGGACAAAAACUCGACCAAGCACUCUUGAACGAACUGAAGAUAGCUUUGCUGUCUGUAAAUGCUGUGUUUGAAGAUGCAGAGGAAAAACAAAUGGCAAAUCCCAACGUGAAAGAAUGGCUCGAUGAGUUGAAAGUUGCUAUAUAUGAUGCAGAGGACAUCUUGGAUGAGAUUGAUACCGAAGCCACCCGAUGCAAGUUGGAUGCUGAAUUUCAUACCACUGCAAGCAAGGUACGAAAAGCCAUCUCUACUUCUUUUAAACCUUUUGUCAAGGAAAUAGAACCAAAGAUAAAACAAUUGCUUGAAAGAUUGGAGUCUCUUGUCAGACGAAAGGACAUAAUAGGUCUAAAAGAUGGCAUUCAAGGGAAAUCAUCCCAAAGAUUGCCCACAACUUCUUUGGUUGAAGAAUCUGGUAUUUGUGGUAGAGAAGAUGAUAAGGAGAAAAUAAUUAAUUCCAUGUUCUCGGAGGAUGUAAGUGGCAAUAAGUCAUUUGUGAUUGCUAUUGUCGGUAUGGGUGGAGUCGGCAAGACCACCCUUGCUCAGCUUAUAUACAAUGACAAGAGGGUGAAGGAGUAUUUUGACCUUAAAGCAUGGGCUUGUGUUUCAGAAAACUUUGACAUCUUUACGGUAACAAAAGCAAUUCUAGAGAGAGUAUGUUCAUCUGAUAAAGGUGAUGGUGAGACUCUAGAUUGGCUUCAAAGUACACUAAAGGAGAGUUUGAAGGGACAGAAAUUUCUGUUUGUAUUAGAUGAUGUUUGGAAUUAUGAUUAUAUUAACUGGGAGGUCUUAAGUAAUCCCUUCAGAGUUGGAGCACAAGGGAGCAGAGUUUUGGUAACAACACGUGAAGAAGGAGCAGCAUCGAUCAUGCGACCUAUUUUAACUUACAAUCUGAAGCCAUUACCAGAAAAAGAAUGUUGGUCACUUUUUGUCAGUCAUGCGUUUCAUGGCAGUAUCUUUGAUAUGCAUCCAGAGCUAGAAGCAAUUGGAAGACAGAUUGUUGAAAAAUGCAAAGGCCUACCUUUAGCAGCCAAGACAAUUGGAGCUCUUUUGUCGUCUAAAGUGGGUGUUGAUGAUUGGAAUAGAAUAUUAAAGAGCGAGUUGUGGGACAUGCCGACUGAAAUUAUUCCUGCUCUAAGAUUAAGUUAUAAAUAUUUGCCCUCAUAUUUAAAGCGAUGCUUUGCUUAUUGUUCAAUAUUUCCAAAAGGUCAUUUUUUCUUAAAAGAUGAACUAGUUUCAUUGUGGAUGGCAGAGGGUUUCUUGAAAAAUUCUGAAGGCAAAAUAAUGGAGCAAGUAGGCGAUGAUUACAUCUCGGAUUUGGUAUCAAGAUCGUUAUUACAACAAUCAAGUGUGAAUAAUUAUAGAUUCGGAAUGCAUGAUCUUGUCAACGACUUAGCAAGAUUUGUAUCUCGACAAUUUAUCCUUAGACUGGAGGGUAGCAAUUCGCUCCAAGUUACAAACAAGACUCGCCAUUUAUCAAUUGUUACAAAAAGCUUUGAAAACAUGCCAAAGACGUUGGAGGCGCUUUACGAGGCCAAGGGCUUGCGCACUUUUCUCCCAAUAGAUGUUUGGAAUGGAAUCUUAUUGACAAAAUUCCCCCAUGAUUUGUUGCCCAAGUUAAGAUUCUUACGAGUGCUUUCCUUCAAAAAUGAUAUAAAUUUGACUGAGUUACCUGAUUCAAUUGGCAAUAUUAGACAUCUACGAUAUUUGGAUCUGUCUGACACACCAAUUAGAAAACUGCCUGAUUCUAUAUGUCAAUUGUGCAAUUUGCAAAUAUUGAGAUUAAUGUGGUGUUCGGAUCUUACUGUAUUGCCUAAAGAUAUGCAUAAACUUGUUAGUUUGCGUCAUCUUGUUUUAUAUAGAACUGCCAUAACGGAGAUGCCGUUACAUCUGGGUAGACUAAAAUGUCUACAGACUUUGGGUGAAUUUGUUGUCAGUACAAAAAAUUCUGGAUCGAGCAUUGGGGAGUUGGGGAAACUUGAAGAUAUCGGGGGGGAGCUCUCUAUUAGGAAGCUCCAAAAUGUCAAAUCUCCCAUGGAUGCUUUGGAUGCAAGCUUAAAGGAUAAAAAGCGCCUUAAGGGCUUAGAGUUGUUGUGGGACGAUACAACGUCUAGCAUUUCAGAAAGUCAACUAAUUGUAUUGGAGAAUCUCCAACCCCAUACAAACUUGAAUAACCUCUUUAUCUACAAUUAUGGUGGCAAAAGCUUUCCGGAUUGGAUUGCUCAUCAUUCGUUCUCUAAGAUGAAAUAUCUUUUUCUUUAUAAUUGUAAAUAUUGCCACAUCUUGCCAGCAUUUGGACAACUACACUCUCUCCAAUGGCUCUAUAUCACUGGCUUUCAUGGAAUUGCUAGAGUGGGUAAGGAGUUCUAUGGUAGCGGCUCUUCUAUGUUUAAGCCAUUCGAAGCCUUGAAAUUUUUAAGGUUCAAAGACAUGCCAGAUUGGGAAAACUGGUUUUGUUUUGAUGAAUGUGAAGCUUUUCCUCGUCUUGAAGAGCUUGAGAUUGUUAAGUGCCCCAAGCUAACAGGAGGGUUGCCCAUCCAUCUUCCUUCUUUAGCCAAACUUGCGAUUGCUGAAUGUUCGCAGCUGAAGUCCUCACUCCCAAGGUCUCCUACUCUACGUGAAUUGAAGUUAACAAAUUUUAAUGAGGUCUUGUUAAAUGAAUUUCCAUCUGGAUUGCAAAUUGUAGUACUUGAAGGAUGUGCUGCGAUACGGUCCCUACCGGAGGGAAUGAUGGAUUUCAGCAGUCCUCUUCAAAGAUUGGAAAUCGAUGGAUGUCCCUCGCUCAAGUUUCUUUCCGAUGAUGAUCUACCCUCCUCAUUGGAAACUCUUAAGAUCUCAAACUGUAAGAAGUUAGAAUUUGCAGCGCACUUCAACUAUUCAUCCCUCAAAGAGUUGUACUUGGAAAAUAGUUGUGAUUCUCUUAGGUGCUUUCCAGUAAACUUAAUAGCAGAGAUCGAUUUUUUAACCAUCAAGGGAUGUGGGAAUCUGGAGUGUCUUACUGAUUCAGAACAACAUGAAAGUGAUUUAGCCGCCUGGAUUAUAAGAAUCGAGAAUUGUCCCAAUUUCGUAUUAUUUCCAAAUCCAGGAUUGCGUGCCCAAAAAUUGAAAAGAUUUGAGAUACAUGAUUGUGGGAGUUUAAGGUCAUUGCCUGACAAGAUGCACCUACUCCUUCCAUCUCUUGAGUCGCUAUCUAUCUGCAAGUGUCCAAUGCUGCAAUCAUUCGGUGAAGGGGGCUUACCUACCAAUAUAAAAUCAAUUUUCAUCGAAGAUUGUGACAUACUCGUCGCCCGUCGAACGACAUGGGGUCUGCAAAAACUCCCCUCUCUUCGAAAAUUGUCAAUCAGUGGCAAAUGCGAAGAUGUGGAGUCUUUUCCACAGCCGUCGUUGCUGCCAAUGACUAUGACCAGUCUUACUAUCUCUGGAUUUUCAAAUAUGAAAUCUCUAGACAAGAAGGGCCUUCAACAACUCACCUUUCUUGAAAAAUUGUAUAUCCUAAACCUUCCAAGCCUAAAAUUCACGCCAGAAGAGAGAACGUUUGACUCCAUUUCUACUCUAAUCCAUCUUUCCAUCUCUGGAAUUCCAACUAUGACAUCUUUGGACUACUUGGGCCUUCAACGCCUCACCUCUCUUAAGCAUAUGGAGAUCUAUGAUUGUCCUAAUCUUAAGGUCGUGCCAAAAAAUGGGUUUCCUGCCUCUAUUUCUACUCUAAAGAUCCACAAAUGUCCACUGUUGGAGAAACAGUUGCAAAAUAAAAAAGGAAAAGAAUGGCACAAGGUUGCUCACAUCCCCCACAUAGAGAUUAAUGAUCAAUUGAUUUGACUGGCUUCUUCUACAAGCCAACCAUAUGAACUACAAUUGGACAACAGCAACUGUACAUUCACCUUUCUAAGUUAGGUACGUAUUAGCUUUUCCAACCAUUUAUCAAUAUAAUUCGAUUAUUUUUAUUUUGAGCAAAGUGAUUUAUAGAAUUAUCAAAUAAACAAACUCCCCACGGCCUCUUUAUAAAAAAAAAGAAAGUACAUCUCUCCCUGAAAAAAUGUAAAAUAAUCUACAUGGAACUUAUAUAUUUGAGACUUAUACAUAACAUUGCUCCUAUAUUUUAAGUACACUUAAAACUAUCUUUGUCAGAACAUGUUGUUAAGUCCUUGAGUCUCUCUCGUAUGGUCUGCAAGUUUCUUUCGAUUGCAUGCAUUUCCAUAGAUCUCAAUUUCAGUACUAAGAGGACAAUUAAUGAAAAAAAAACGUUUAUAUCAUUGGUCUGCAAUAUGGGCCAUAGCAUAUAUAUUAAUGAAUGAGCAAUAUGCAACUCUAUUUGCUUAUGUUUACUCGUUAGAGAAUUCCUAUGUGAUUUUUUAUUAUAAAAGAAAAGUUCCCGUGUAAUUUCUAUAAGAAUAUGGUCAUCAUGUUCAGAAUUUCACAACAAAAUAUAUUUGAAAGCAGGUGGCCAACCUUUAACUGUUGCUGAAAUUGAAGAAAUUUCUGUUAAGAAUAGAAACUCAACUUCUACAACAAAUCAGAUGUCAGUGCCAGGAAAAGCUUGAUCAACAUCGAAAUCCUGUAUAUAGUUCAGAAAAUGAAUGUUGCUGUCUUUUCAUUGUUUCAUUUAUUUUUUGGAUGGGGAUUAAUUUGGUUCUCUUUUGGCACUGUCUUGGCAGUUUGAUAAGUUACAAAAAGAUGGGUAACUUGCGGGCUUUUUUAGUAGGAUGCAUUGGAUCCAUUGUUUUAAAAAUGAAUCUAUUUAGAAGUCUUUUUACUUACGCACUAAAUACGCUCAACACAUUAGCAUAUGUAAAAAUAUAGUUUUGUAUCUUCCAAAGCAGCUCUAUUGCGUUGACAUGAAGAUUUUGCAGAUGGUGUGCUUGAUUGAUGAGCUGUAUACUUAUAUAGCAAAGUAUCCUAAACAGCUAUUUUCAGUUGCAUAACUUAUUUGUAAAAAUUGCCUGUUUUCAGUUUCUUGGUUCAAUUGCAAAGUUUCUUUCUGAUAAGGUAUUUCAUAUUAUGGUUAUGGACGGAAAGCCGUAGUGAAAGCAAGUUUAUGCACCUUAUUGGCAUUCAACAGAAGUUUGGCUAUGGAGGAUUGCUAAAGCUCAUGUCCUUGCCCUUGACUCUGGCUAUCACUAGCUCAUUAGUCACUGGCUACGAACUCAUUGUGUAACAGAGCCUUAUGUAAUUGCGACAAAUAGGCAACUUAGCGUAAUGGAUCCAAUCUACAGACUGUUGCACUCUCAUUUUCGUUACACAAUGGAGAUCAAUGAUCUGGCUGGAAAAGCACUUGUCAAUGCAGGUGGCACUAGUGAGUCUACAUUCGCAGCUGGUAAAUAUUCCAUGGAAAUAUGCUCUGCCGCCUAUGAUCUCCAGGGGCAGUUCGACUAGCAGUCACUUCCUGCUAACCUUAUUAGCAGGUUCUUCCUUGUAUUUAUCGAUCAACCUUUCGGCGUUCUUCGCGGAGUUUUUGUUAUGAUCAUCAGGAUUGGUUUUCAAGGGCACUUGGGUGUUACAGACUAGCUUGUCUUUGUACACCGAUGUAUUUGGUUUAAAUGGGUACAAAAAAAUGUCGGUAUCGUCGGCUCAGAUAGGAUACAAGAUGACAGUAAUGAAGAUGUAACUAUUGAUCAAUACCAUCACUAUAAGUUAUGGUGCACAGUACAGAAAGAAAAAAAGGAGAGUCACUCAUAUUAACCUUUGAGUACAUGUUAUCUAUUGCAGUCCAUUUUGAUAACUUGAAAUUUCUUGUUUUGGAGCCUAGCAUGAUAUAAAAGAUGAUCAGAUAUGAAAAUUCUAGAUGAUUUUGCAACAUUUAUGAUCCUUCUCAUUUUUUUUUGACAUAGGAAGAUGUUGGGAUUAUGAAGCAUAUGGGUUUAGAUGCAUACAGGUUCUCAAUCUCAUGGUCCCGAGUUUUGCCAAAGGGUGAGUCAGAAACAUCAGAAACAUUUGAGGCGUCUGAUAUAUCUACAAAUAGUCAACCUCAUGCGUUAGGGAGCUUUUUGAACUUCUGUUAGCUGCUAACCAGCCCCUUUCUUUCAUAUGCUAGUACUGUACUUGACUCUCUUUAUUUGAUCUCUCCUUAGUAGAGCUUUAUAGUAAUUUAUAUGCUUGUAUUGGUGAACAUGUUAGCUGAAUUAGUUGUAUGUUUAUUUGCCAACUACAAGUACAUACAACUCAUUGCAUGUUUAGCACUAGUACAAGUUUAUAGGUAUCUACAUUCUAGAUGCACAAUUACAAGUACAUACAACUGAUGUUGUAUUUGGAUUAAUGAGAGAGUUGUACAUAUGUGGUCGUA